GUAACAUUUGUGAUUUUUGUGCUUGCCGGCAUCUGGAAAACUUUUAGCACGCCCUGCAAGUGACUUUAGGAUGCAUAAGGGUGGGGGGAUGGUUACUGAAUAAUUCACCAGUUGAUAAUGAAAAUGGUGCGUGUUGCUAUAAAGGCGGCCGUAAUGCUUUUCCUUUGUGGGGUGUUUGUCACUUCGAAGGCAUCAGAAGAAAUGUCAACACCGAAUGUAAGUGUGAGCCCUUCCUCGAGCGAAGAAAUCUCGCCGCAGGUGACGGAGAGGCCGCAUUUAUGGUCCAGUCCGAGCUCCAAUGUGGAUUCCAGCAGUCGCGCCCCCACAACUCCAACUUCGACAGCUGCCACCCCUUCGACAACCGUCGGCACCGAACCUGUUCGCCACAGUUUGGGCCGCGGUUUUCCCGUACCGCAUUACCACUUACCAGAUUCUCGCUGGGGACCUUUUUUUGAAGAAGGCACAGAACCACACAACAUCACAGCAAGGGUUGGCUCAACGGUUAUGAUCGACUGUCGCAUCGGACUGUUGCAAAAUAAAACGGUGACGUGGCUUCAUCACAAAGGAGACUCAAUACAUCUCCUUACGGUAGGUCGCAGCGCGUAUAGCAGCGACGAACGUAUCACCCUCAGUUUUCGAUACCCUAACAACUUUCGCUUACAAAUUGUCUACAUCACACGGAGAGACGAAGGUCUUUACGAGUGCCAAGUCGCCACACAUCCACCAAAAGUCAAAAGGAUAUUUCUCAAAGUCACAGCCCCGGAAGUGCGAAUAGUGGACGAAUCCGGACGAGAAGUGACUGAAAGGUAUUACAAAGCCGGCAGUGCUCUCGAGUUGACAUGUCUGGCAACGCAGGUAGGAGGAGGCUCAGGGAACCCCACUAUCACCUGGAGACAUGGAGACCGCACACUCUCUAAAGGUAUCAGCUCCAACGUGUCUGCUAGCACGGACUCAGCUAUUUCGACUCUGACGGUGGCCCCCCUUGAAACUCGCCAUUCGGGGAACUACACGUGCGCCGUGGGAGCUUUGGCAUUUGCGACCGUAGCUGUACACGUUCUUAACGGUGAGCUUCCGGCGGCUGUCCACCACGGCAAUGCAGCCCCUUUGGGACUAAUCUCUCCCACGUUGGUUCUGCUGUCGGCUUGCUGGCUAUUGGCCUGCCAGAGGUGACCCUUAUCUCCUUAUUGGUGCAGCAUUUUUAAUUAAGGCCCAGUGAAGGUGAUUUCAGUGAACCUACGCACUAUAAAAUUAUCAUAUCAUGGUGCCGCGAAUGGACCAAUUCGUUACCUCACGGGAGUAGUUGACUUGUGCUGUUGUGACAUUAAAGCCAAAUCUUUUUAAUUUUAUUAUACGAAAGGCUAGUACGAUUUAACUUUAAAAAAUACGAAAUUCCGGGUUUGAUCUUGCUCGUGCCAGUUGGAUAACCUUUUAGUGUGCACUUGUGAGCCAUAUUCGAACAAAUUCCAACAAAUUAAUUUUGAAUAAUCCACACAUUGCCCGUUUUCUGCACUAAUUCCAGAUGAGAUGGUUUUUCUCUCUUGAUUGGCUUCCAGUCUAUUUGAAAGGUUAUUUCACAGGCUUUAAAACAAGUGAGUGUGUUUUGACAAGAACCUUGCGAUUAAUUAUUUAAUAAAAAUUUAUUCAAAUAGUUACGUGAAGACAUUGGAAAGCUUUUAAACGCUGUUUCGUGACUUUAGUGCAUAAAAUGAAACAAUGAACAACAACAAAAUCAUGUGAUAUAAUUAAAUUUAUUGGGUGUAAUUAAAUUAUAUAACGUAUCAUAUAUUUUAUCUACUUAAUAUUUAUUUAACAUUAAAAAUAAAGAUCUUUCUAUUCAAGAGAGUCAAGUUAAAAAAGGAACCAAUAUUAGCAUUCAGUAGAAUGGAAGAUCUUGUUAUUUAUUUCAGGAGUCCUCACAGUUAAAAUAUUGUAACUAAUUAAAUAGUGUACUUUUUUUAAAAUAUGUAACGAAUAUAUCAUAAGUAUAGCCGGACUCCUGAUCAUGUUGUGUAUAACUUAACUAAAAAUAUAAAUGUCAAAUUAGUUGCGAUUUUAACAUCCAAAUAUCGGAAGCAUAAAUAAAAAUAAACUGUAUUCAACUCCUAAAUGAGACUAAAUGCUGUGAUAGUGAUAGGAAAUUAAAAAAUUUAAUUGUUUUAUAAAAUUCGCAAAAAUUACAUUUUAAAUUUGGCUUAGAACCAAGUCGUAUAUGGUUUUUUAUCUUGAUUGUUUCCCUGCUAGGCCACGUUAAAUUUAAUUAAAAUCUGUAUCGCUUUCUGAAAAAAUUUUAGCUUAUUGUUUUUUUGCAGUCGAAUGUAAUUUUCGAUUUGAAAAUUGAACGUGUUAUGUGCAAGUCAAAAUUGAAAUUUGUUAAUAUUGAAAGCGAUUGCACGAGUUUAGCUUGAAGCGUUUAUAACGUCGAGAUGAUCUCGUUCUCGUAUUCUACGCAAAUCUAUCAGCAAAUGGGUACUCCUCUACGAUUUUGGAAUAGUAACAAAACGAUCGAUAGUGGAUGCUUAAUUCGCAACAUAGUUUCUUCCAUUUCUGUAUUAUUCAAAAUAGAGUAGUGACUUGACUAGAGGGAGCUCUUUGAAUAACUUGCGACGAUUUCCUACUUUCAUGGCUCGCUUCUUCGGCUUCAUCAAUCAACAUUUUUAAUUGAAACAAAAAAUACAUUGAUUUUAUGAAGCUAAUUUGGUUUGUAUCGCUGCAAAAACAGCGAAUGAAAUAGUUGUCUCAUCCAUAAAUUGCCGCAAAUAAAGUACAAAGAGUAAAAAGGAGAAUCGAGAUCUUUAAUCUUUGUGGCUUCGCAUGUAGACAACCCGAUGUGCACUCGUGUCAGGUUAGCUGAGAGCUUUCUUUUGUUCCGUCAAACUAAAGUGUCGUCGAUUAUUCUUCCUGACCCAACAAUUAACCGGUUGUUCAUCCUAAAAGCCUCGGACCGCCACAAAUUUAAUUAUUCAAAUAAAACACUUAUAAAAAUAUAAAAUUUGCAAUUAAGGGAGCUCCUUCUACAAAUAUACAUACGCUCUUACCUACCCUUGUAUAAAAUUUUAUAAAAAAUUAAUUAGACUUGUUAUAGGAGACACAAAGACACGAUUUAGUUUCUAGUUGAAAAUGAAUUAGUAUUCAAAAUUGCAAUUGUGAUUUUUACAUUUUGUAUAAGUGUAGCCUUGUCAAUAUUUAUCAGGUUUCGAUUUCAGUGUAAAAAUGUAAUUAAGGAAGGAAAACUGUGACAAUUGGUGCUGGCCAUCUCUAGUCUGAUACAAAGGAUUUGAAAACUCGGCCAAUGUAACCAGUAACCGGGCUUACUCGAGUCCAAGUUACAUUGGCAGGGUUAACUUUUAUGGAAAGUUGUAAAUAAACACAUAUGCUGUACAUGUCAUGACCACUUCUGCACACGAUACAGCCGAGUCGAACUAACGCUGCUUACCCUGGUUCGUGAUGAAUGUCUGCUAAAUGGUGCGUGAUCUGAUUUAACAGCUGCUACGGAAGGCUAAGCUUUGAUCAAUUCACCCAACACUACACCAGAAUUUUUACGGAUAUUGUUAGCCAACAUCCAAAUCUAAUUCAUAAAUCAUUUAUCGCUCUUCUUUUGUCUUUACGUUCGUAUGAAUCUUGCCGGUUUUGAACGCCAUCUGUUUACUAUAAAACAAUUAAAAAAUCUUUAAAGAUCGAAUUGGGUCUUGUGUGUAGUAAAAAGAAAAAAGCUUCUAUUGCACAUCGACUCCUUUCAAAUUUCCAUUCAGGGAAAACCGAAUUCUUCUCACACUAAGGGGUUUUACCUAAGUGGUUUCCCUAGCUGUCUAGAUGUUAUUUAUUUAACCAGUGAAGAAUAGGUGAAUAAACACAGAAUUCUUCUUCGACGGCUAACAGAUAGAGUCAAUCUGACGAUCUGCAGGUCUAAAGACGUUGACACAGCUGUACAAUUCGAUACGAAACGAAAUACAUCGACCAUUUUUAAGCACAGGUUCAAAAAUUAUAUUUUCUAAGUUACUCACCCGAUAUUUUCCAAUUUCCGCAAAUAAGUUUCAAGUAAAUAGCAAAAGUUUUAAAUUAAGGUCAUAUGAAGUAACAAACUAAUCUUGUUUAUAACUUAUAGGUACGCCAAUUUAUUGCACCAGAAAUUACAGUCGCACCAGAUAAUCAACGUUUGUU